AUGUUAAGUGCCGAACGACAAUCAACACGUUCGCCGACUACAUCACAAACUGAUUCAUAUGGUACUGGAAUCGCAUCAAGAGCAAAUGGCCGUCCUUAUCAACAACGUUCAUCAAUUACUGGAGAAAAUGAAAGACAAGAUGAUGAGUAUGGAACGGCACCAGACGAUAUGGAUGAACAAGAAAGAACUUAUCGACCACCUCCACGUAAUGAAGAUCCAUAUUUGUCUGCAUUAAAAAUUCGUUUUCCAAAUCGACCAAGGGGUGAUUAUGCUUAUACAAGACCAACUGGUCCAUUAAAUCCAUCAGUACCAUCUGCUCCACCACUACCAUCAGCAUCCACUACUCAACCAAUAACAACAGCAACAUCAGGAAGUACAACAAUGCCAAGAGCUGAACCUUAUCAAUCAACAAUAAGACCUAUUAGCGGUAGUACUAAUAUAGCAGAUGGAUCUGAUGAUAGAACAAUUCCAAGACCAGCUUUACGCCGUGUCAAUCCGGAACAGCAAAAUACUUAUGCACGACGUAUUGCUAGUGAAAUAACAACACCAACGUCUUCAUCGAAACCAAUAAGUUCAAGCGGUGUCAAUGUUCGAAUCACUGAUCCAACUAUCGACACAAAUCAACUUAUUCCAUCAACAUUUACACAACAAUCAGGAAUACCAAGAAUAAAUGAAAGUAUAUUUGAAACAGUUCCUUCACAUGGCGGACCAGUUUCUUAUUUGGGUAUCGGUACUUUUUCACAAUUGGAACAAUGUUUACGUGAAUGUUUGGAACGUGAACGACGUCAAAUAGGUAUUACAAGUCAAAUUACACGAUAUGAUAUUCCACCGAAUAUUUCUGUAAAUGAUUAUGGUUAUAGUUCCGCUGUAGCAUCAUCACCCCCUCAAGAAUUUUAUCCAAGUAGUAAUCCUUAUUUAAUUGAUUAUCCUUCAAGAUCUACUCCAACACUUUUACUUGAUGACAUUCGUCAUAUUAAUGUUGCUCUUUCUAGAAGUGGUAUAUCAUUAUUUCCCUAUGAACGAUUUUCGCCUGAAUCGUUUUGUUAUCCAGAAUCAAUACCAAUACCUAGUACGACUAUUCAUAGUACUCAUCCAACUGAACGACGCAGUUUUGGUGAAGUCGUAUCAGCAUGUCGAUUUGUUGAAGAAGAUUCGGAAUUGUUAUAUGAUAGAAACAGAUAUCAAGCUGUACAAAAUGUUUGGAAUACACCACAAAAUUAUCCACCAUUUUCAAAUAUUGAUGCUUCAAUGUCAAAUGUAUAUCCGAGGGGACCAUAUGAUAUUUAA